GUGGCCUCUAGUUCCAGGAGCAGAUUGGCAGCGUCCCAGUCCUGGUCCCCCAGCCCUGAGCCUCACCUGCCUGCCCAGCAUCAGGAUGGCCACCAUCACCUGCACUCGCUUCACAGAAGAGUACCAGCUCUUCGAGGAACUGGGAAAGGGAGCCUUCUCGGUGGUGCGCAGGUGUGUGAAGGUGCUGGCUGGCCAGGAAUAUGCUGCCAAGAUCAUCAACACCAAGAAGCUCUCAGCCAGGGACCAUCAGAAGCUAGAGCGGGAAGCCCGCAUCUGCCGCCUGCUGAAACACCCCAACAUCGUCCGACUCCACGACAGCAUCUCUGAGGAGGGACACCAUUACCUGAUCUUCGACCUGGUUACUGGUGGGGAGCUGUUUGAAGACAUCGUUGCCAGGGAGUAUUACAGUGAGGCUGAUGCUAGUCAUUGCAUCCAGCAGAUCCUGGAGGCCGUGCUGCACUGCCACCAGAUGGGGGUGGUGCACCGAGACCUGAAGCCGGAGAAUUUGUUGCUGGCCUCCAAGCUCAAGGGUGCCGCGGUGAAGCUGGCCGACUUUGGCCUGGCCAUAGAGGUGGAGGGGGAGCAGCAGGCAUGGUUUGGGUUCGCAGGGACACCUGGAUACCUUUCCCCAGAAGUGCUGCGGAAGGACCCAUAUGGGAAGCCUGUGGACCUGUGGGCCUGUGGUGUCAUCCUCUACAUCCUGCUGGUUGGGUACCCCCCGUUCUGGGAUGAGGACCAGCACCGCCUGUACCAGCAGAUCAAAGCCGGCGCCUAUGAUUUCCCAUCACCAGAAUGGGACACCGUUACCCCAGAAGCCAAGGAUCUGAUCAACAAGAUGCUGACCAUCAACCCAUCCAAACGCAUCACAGCUGCCGAGGCCCUUAAGCACCCUUGGAUCUCGCACCGAUCCACCGUGGCCUCCUGCAUGCACAGACAGGAGACCGUGGACUGCCUGAAGAAGUUCAAUGCCAGGAGAAAACUGAAGGGAGCCAUUCUCACCACUAUGCUGGCCACCAGGAACUUCUCUGGAGGGAAGAGUGGGGGAAACAAGAAGAACGAUGGUGUAAAGGAAUCUUCCGAGAGCACCAACACCACCAUUGAGGAUGAAGACACCAAAGUGCGGAAACAGGAAAUUAUAAAAGUGACAGAGCAGCUGAUUGAAGCCAUAAGCAAUGGAGAUUUUGAGUCCUACACGAAAAUGUGCGACCCCGGGAUGACAGCCUUCGAACCUGAGGCCCUGGGGAACCUGGUCGAGGGCCUGGACUUCCAUCGAUUCUAUUUUGAAAACUUGUGGUCCCGGAACAGCAAGCCCGUGCACACCACCAUCCUGAAUCCCCACAUCCACCUGAUGGGCGACGAGUCGGCCUGCAUCGCCUACAUCCGCAUCACGCAGUACCUGGACGCGGGUGGCAUCCCCCGCACCGCCCAGUCGGAGGAGACCCGCGUCUGGCACCGUCGGGAUGGCAAAUGGCAGAUCGUUCACUUUCACAGAUCCGGGGCGCCCUCCGUCCUGCCCCAGUAA